UCAAAAUCAGGCACACUGCACACAGCUGUCAGCAGCUGCUGAUAUGGCUGGAUUCAAGGGCCUGAGCAGAUUGUUUCAGCGGCGGAGGAAGAGAAAUGGCAGCAGUCGACGUUUUGCCAUAAAGAGUAAGCAGCCAGAUGGGUUUCCUGCCACCCUAACGGCUCCUGCUCCAAACAACAACACAAAGGUGGAGACAAAGGAGGAGACCAGUGUUCAAGCUACUAAACUGUCUAGAAGAGUUGGAGCUCUGUUUUUUGCAGUUGGAGGAAUUAUGCAAAAAUGCAUCAAGACAAUUUAUCGAACCUGUUCGGGAUUUCUAAAUGUCUGUCUUUUCUGGAGAGGCUAUGCAGAUCGUGUGGAGUCCCUUCAUCAAAAAGUAGAUGAGCUACAAAGGGAAAUAGCACUAUUGCAUUCAGCUCUGAAGCUGUCUCGAGAAGCCAAAACUGCGGGUGCUAAUAGUGAUUUACUUAAUGGUAUUAACCUGUCUACACCUCGUCUACCUGUCUCACUUCCUCCUCCACCUCCUCCUCUACCACCACCACCACCACCUCCUCCUCCUCCUCCACUUCCAUCAAAACUUGCUGUUCCAAAACUGGUCGUAUUCCCCAUCAAGACUGCUCAAACCACGCUUCUGAAAGAGAAGAGAGAUGGCCCUGUUGCAGUUACGCUCCAUGAUCUUCAGGCAGUACGGCUUAGAAGGGUGUCUGUAAGCCAUAAAACUCUGGUGUCUCCAGACAGAAAAAGAUCUCCUUUGGUCACACUCGCAGACUUGCAGAAAGUCCGUUUACGACGUUCUCAUUCUGAACUCCCAUUAAAGUUCAGGUCAAGCCUCGGCAGGACACCAACCAAAAGUCCAAUGAAUCUUCGGGUACCACUUCGAAAAGUCAUGAACAGGAGUCCUGGUGGUACACCAUUGUUUAACAAAGAGAAUGAGAAGAUGGAUUCAAGCCUUGGUCCAAGAAUGACCAAAGCUUUUGGAAACAAUCACAUGAAUGCUUUAACAAAAGGACUAUCACCAAUCAAGGCUGUCUAAGCAAAUAAAUUUGUCCUUUUUUACAUUUUAUUGUUACUGCACAAUGCAUUGCCUUUUGGUAAAACAAUAACAAAGUGUUUGUUUUGUUUUUUUAUAUGUUUGUUUUUAACACGUUGACUGUGAUGUACUUGCCUAAUUGUUUCCACUGAUUUUCAUGCUGUCAUCACUAAUGUUGUAUUUUAUGUGACAUGACAGUGUGAUAUGUUACUAAUUGCUGCUUGUGAAAUUUGCCUCUUGCUCCUUUAAAGGUCAUCAUCCACUUUGUAAGGCUUUUUGUUUUUUUCAGAUAAAGUAGAACAACUGCAUACUGUAUGAAAGCCUGUUGCACAUCAUGUUGUUAGAUAUGGCUUGUCAAGGUAUGGUAUAAUUAGUAGAAGCACACAAUAUGAUGCUCAGAGUCAUUGUAACAGAAUAUGAUAUAACUCUGUAAAAUAUAUAACUUAAUACUGUGUGUUGAAGCUUGCACAGAGGUGAUGCAGUCCGGUUGAUCUAUAAAUGCAGUACACCGGUGGUGUCUUAUGUACACAGAAAAACUUGAAGCCCAGUAACUUUGUAAGAUUCAGGAUGCCGUCAUGUUUUUUAUUUGUGUCUUUUUUUUACGUUUACAGGUGGGGUUGGGCUGUGACACCAAAUUGUUUAAUUAUAUUUUACCAUGUCUCACUUUUUUUUAGGGUCUUUUGCAAUAUUUUCUAAAGCCAUUUUUUAUUUGGAUUCCAAACAUAUUAUUGUAAUGAAACAAAUGCAAAAUGUUUAAUAAAUAUUGGAACAAUAUCUAUUUGAAUAAAUAUAGGACAAGCAUUGUAGAAGCACAUAAUACUUCAAUAGUAGUAUAAACAUAGGUUAUAAAGUUAAUCCCUUCAAAAAAAAAAUUUUCCCCCUUAAAGGUGCACUCAGUAACUUUUUGUUACUUUUGUGUCAUUUUGGAUUUACAGUGACACUUUGUGGUGUGGAUGCAGCAUCAUUCAAAAUCAAGUUUUUAGUUACAAAUGCCAUAGUUGAAAUUCACAAUCAGCCAUGAUUAAUUUUAAACCAAGAGUGAAAGUGUCCAAUAACAAGACAGUUACUGAGAUUAAGAGUAGUAUUCAGCUUAAUGUGGUUUUUAAAAUGGCAGCUCCCAUGAGGGCCCUUCCAUAUGUGGAAUAAAACCGCUUUUAUAAGGUUACUGAUAUGACUAUGGAUAUGAGUCCUCAUCUCACGUGAGUGGUCAUGAUUUUAUACAUGUUUCAAAAUUACAAUUAGUAAUUGUAAUCAGUUAAAAAAAAAAUGUUUUGUGGCAUGACAGAUUUUGUGCAAUGUUUAAAAACAAUAGCAAUUGUGAAGUAUUAAUUAAAGGUUAUGUUUCAUAGAAGAAGAUUCUUUUUUUGGGGAAUUCAGUGUACAAAAAUCUGUUUCUCACCCACACCUAUCCUAUUGCUUCUGAGGACAUGGAUUUAACCACUGGAGUCAUAUGGAUUGCUUUUUUAUUUUGGUUACAUUCACUGCCGUUGAAUGUUGGAGUUGAAAUGUUCUUCUGAAAAUCUUCGUUUGUGUUCUGCAAAAGAAUAAAAGUCAUACACAUGA